AUGGAUCAAGGAAUAUUGUACAGUUUGAAGGCACAAUAUAGAAAGAUUUUAUGCUUUGAAAAAAUUGCUGCCUAUGAAAAAUUAACUGAUCAAGAAAGCGAGCUUCCAAAGAUUUCAAUCUAUGAUGCCAUUUUAUAUAUCAAUCAUGCAUGGGAUAUUGUCACAAAAGAGACAAUUCAGCAAAGUUGGAUGCGGUCUGGUAUUCUUCCACCUUCCUUUUCAUUACGUGAAUUCUCAGCUUUCAAUGAAGAAGAAGUUGAGGUUAUCGAUCUAAGAGAAAACGAAUCACAAAAAUUAGAGCAUGAAUUAGAUCAACUAAUUCAACAACUUCCUAUUACAGAUAUACUUUCUGCACAUGAAUUUAUAUCCAUUGAUGAUAAUAUUGAGCAAGAAAAUGAAGCGUUGGAUAGUAUUGAAGCUCUUAUUACAUUUAUUAAGCAAUCUGAAUGGGGUGUUGACGCGAAUUUUUAUUAUAAUUUAGUUAAAUUACAAGGAAUUUGUUAUCCAAG